UAAUAAUUUUCUUGGACAUCUGGAUUUUGGAUUCGAUAUCACUGUUGUACAUUUAUGUUCUGGUUAGUGGCAUAAUAAGGAAUUUCCUUUGGAGAUUAACAUUUUUUUACACAAAAAAUGAUGAGUGGUAGCUGGGAAUUUAUAUAUUAUUAAGGCUCCAAGGAGAUCUCACCACAGCACCCCCUUAAUAACGACCCUGGUUCUAGUGAUGUUUCGCGAAUUUCUUUUUGUCUUGUACUUCACAGAACUCAUAGUGGCGCGCGUUGCCGCGAGCCCGCGCCACGUAACGGCCAUCGUUAAAAUUAAAACUCAAUUAUCGCUGGCCGAAAUGUAGAAUUAAGCCGUAAUAAUUACAGUACCAACGACUAUAAUAACGAGUGUGGUACACGGCAUGUUGUGUACGAGUGUAGGCAUUAUACGCAGUACGCACACAACACGCACAGUACAUUUCCGAUGACCAUUGCCAUUUGCCUGUUUGCCACAAUGCCACAGAAGUUGGCACAGAUAAUAACAUAGCAGUAUCCAUAAUAGUAUAGCGGGCGGAUUGUGCGCACGCGCAAACGUCGCCGCGGCUGAAAACUACAACCUAUAGUCCGACGUCCGGACUCAUCUCUACUCCAACUCCAAUAGUCCAAACUCUUUCCAAUUUCCAACGCUCCGACGUUUAAGCGUUGAGUACUUGAGUCACCGAGGCAGUCUGUGUUCGCGUUUCGUCCCGUUCGUACCGUUGGCGGCCGUACAUCAUCGUUGUCGCGUUCACGUUAUCGCRCGUCGAUUCUAAUUGUUGAAUUCCCGGAAUUCCCGGACUCCGGCCGGCACCGAUAGUCGAUAACGUAUUUAUACAUUUAGUUACGACACGAAACACUUGUGUCAAGGACCAAGAUUUAUAGGUUGURUAUUAAAACAUUUCAACCGCAGUGACUGCCGUCGCGCUAUCCGAUUUUUUUUCUCGUUCGACAUCGUAAGUUUUACUUAUUUUUCGAUCGUCAGAAAAGGUAAACAUUCAGUAUACCACCUGCCGUCGACAGUGUUCGAUACCGGGCACGCCGGAUAACACUCGCGAUACCACUAACGGGCGGUAGGUAUCGCUGUACUAUAGUACCCGUGACGCCGGUAUCCACGCCGGUAACGUUGGUUUGAAUUGCUCAAGUCGCUAAACUCAUUGCUCAUAACUCGUCAUCCGCUUCGUUCAUUUAUGGAGUUGGUCGAUUUGGACGGUUUUUGCGGUUCGCCUUUUUGGGAUUGGAAUACGUCGUGGAAUACUACUGAUCCCGAUGUGACGCUUUGUUUCGAGAAGACAGCCCUGGUCUGGUCACCUUGCCUGUUCCUGUGGCUGUUCAGUCCGCUAGAAGUCUACUACCUGGUGCAYAGCAGGUACAGGGACAUACCAUGGAAUUGGCUCAAUUUGUCCAAACUG